AUGGCUGACCAAGGUGAGGACGAUCCCGAGCUCGCAACGCUUACCGCGCACGCCGACGGAGAUCCCCCACAAGCCAUAGUAGUCACCCCAGGCCAGACCGCCUGUGAUGUGAAACCCCACAUGAUUGCAAUCCUACCGACUUACUAUGGGAAGAGUUAUGAAGGACCCUACGAGUUCUUAAAUGAGUUCUGCAAGAUCUGUAAGGCACAGAGGCGGCCAGCAGGAGCGAGCGAGGAUGAUUACAGACUGAAGGCCCUACCUUUUGUCCUAAAGGGAGAGGCCAACACUUGGUUCAUGCGUCUGCCGGCCGACUCUAUCAAUACGUGGGCCGAUUUCAAGUCAGUUUUCCUAGCCGAGUUUUUCCCGUCUUCGAAGACAAGUGCAUUGAAGAGGAAAAUAUCGUGCAUAAGGAAAGAAUAUGAUGAAACCCUGAGCGAGUACUGGGAGAAGUACAUGAGCCUUCUGGAGUCAUGCCCCAACCAUCGCAUGAAGGAGAUAGAGGUGCACCACACCUUCUAUGAGGGGAUGAACAAGGAAACCAAGGAUCUGGCGAAUUCAUCAUCUGGUGGUGAUUUCACCCAGUUGAGAGUAAGUGAAGCCAAAAAGGUGCUACGCAAGCUGUUGAAUGCGAAGAAGACGUACGAUAACGCGAGAGAUGGGUACAGCAGAGAAAGGGUAGCUAGUGCUUCGGCUACUGACCAGGAGGAACGGAUGGACUUGAAGAUGGGGGAAUUGAAGAAGGAAUUGCUGAUUGCAAUCAAACAGAACACUCCACCACCUUCUCCAACUGGAAGCCAAGAAGCCCCAGCACUACCAUAUGAUCAGCCGGACAACUUGCCGGAUGUGGAGCAAGCAAAUGCCGCAGGAUACUACAAUUCCAACGGCAAUUGGAUUCCGGGGAAACAAAGAGAUGCACCAUGGAGGGACCACCAAAAUUUCCGAUGGGGAGAUGGAAAUCAGAAUCAGAACCAAAAUCAGGCUCCAAAUCAACCCAACCCCCAACCGAACCAAUAUCCCAACCGCGGACCAACAAACCCCGACUACCAGUCGAGGAGGUCCAUGGAGGACAUGAUGGGAGAGAUGCUUGCCUCGCAGCAAAGCAUUAAAAAUGACUUGCAGUCCAGUAAUGAAACAAUGCAAGGAAUGCAAAGUGCCAAGAAGGAGCAUAGGGCAAAUAUGGAUAUGAUGAACAUGCAGUUGGCCCAGCUCGCUAACUCGGUGGGCGAAAUGAAGGGGAACUCAGGGAAACUCUCAUCUACAGUCCAUGUACCUGAGAAGGAAAAUGUGAUCAAGAUUACACUGCGGUCCGGGACAGCCUAUAAUGGACCUCAGCUCAAGAACCCUAUUGGGGAGUCUAAUAGAGAAAGGGUGCUGAGCGACGUCAUUCCAGCGGAAGAGCUCAAGAGGCCUCUGCCUCAGAUGGAGGAUCCGUUUUUUCUAAACGAGAAGCCUACCGUGGAGGGAAAGGAGGAAGAAACACAACCUGGGAAUGAGCAACCGGGAGGAGUAAUACCCACAUCGGAACCUCAAGCCCAGGAGGAGCCAAAGGGAAUUCCACAAGGACUGACUGGAGAGGCUAAGGGAGAAAAACCGUUUCCAUAUCGGUUUGUGACGAAAAGGAAGAAGGAAAACCCUGUGGAUUUCAUGUCGAUCUUUGGGAAGCUGGAUGUCACCAUACCAUUCCUCCAAGCCGUGAGACUGCCCCCUCUGGGGAAGUUUAUAAAGGAGUUCAUAGCCGGGAAGGCCCAGGAGGAUGGAAAGAUCAUGGUGGAGGGAAUAGCGUCAGCCAUUGUACAAGAGAAGCUACCACCCAAGAGAGCCGACCCAGAAUUUCUUGAGACCGAAUUAUUGCAGGAAAAGCUCCAAACCUUGGAUGUGUAUGCCCAGGCUGAUGUGGAAGUAGCCGCAUGGUGUGAUCUGAUCAGUAGCCGAGGGUUGACUGACGAAGAGAUCGAAGAAGCAAUUAUGGAAUUCUGUCAGAAGUAG